UCCAAUCGGCGGUCGACACGUAAAAUGAGGGGCGUCCACAUUGGCCGGGCGGCACGUGAGGACGCGGAGUCGUGUUGGGUGGGGGGGGCCUCUACCGCCUCUGCCAAUCAGCGGCGGCCUUCCAUCCGAGCAGCCCGCGACUCGUAAAAUGGGAGCUUCCAUUGGCUCGCCGGCUGCCACCUUCCCUACAAUCGGCGGCGCCGUCUCAUUGAGGUCACUCACACCGUUUACAAGCGCUCUCCUGAAUGGCCAAGGUGUUGGCGGUAACAGGCGGGAGGAAGUGACAGUUAAAAUUACUUUUAAAAACAAACACAUUUCCUCUUCCCUGAGGCGGGAGCAAUCCUCCCCAGAAUCUCCGAAGGGUUUAAAUAGACCUCACCCUGAGUUUAUCUUAAGCUUCCAAAGUGUGGCCACAGGGUCAAGGGUCAGCUUGAUCCUACAGACCGGAAGUUGGGCAGCACUCCAGCUCCCAGAGUUGGAAGUGGCCCUUUUACUUUCAACAGGGAGCCAUUCACUAUCAAACACACCCACACUCAUAGAGCACCAUGUCCUGGCCCCGUCUCCCUAUCCCUCAGUCAGACCCACACUGGGACCGCCGCGCAUGGUUCCCGUCUCCCUAUCCCUCGGUCAGACCCACACUCGGAGCACCGUGCAUGGGUUCCCAUCUCCCUGUCCCUCGGUCAGACCCACACUGGGAGCGCCGCACACGGUUCCCGUCUCCCUGUCCCUCGGUCAGACCCACACUUGGAGCACCGUGCGCGGUUCCCGUCUCCCUAUCCCUCGAUCAGACCCACACUCGGAGCACCGUGCAUGGGUUCCCAUCUCCCUGUCCCUCGGUCAGACCCACACUUGGAGCACCGUGCGCGGUUCCCGUCUCCAUAUCCCUCGAUCAGACCCACACUCGGAGCAUCAUGCGCAGUUCCCGUCUCCAUAUCCCUCGGUCAGACCCACACUCGGAGCACCCCCGUCUUCUCGAACACUGCAGGAUCCCUGCUCGUUGAUUCGCAACCUUCAGCUCCGGCCAUCAAGUCACUGUCAAGACACGAAAGGGAAGGACUGUUGUUUGUCUCCGGCGCACCUCACCCGCUUCAGGAACGCCCCACACCCGCCCACAGAGCGCUGCGGUCCCGCCUGUAAAGGAAACAUGACUGGCGACCUGCACGCAGCAAGAUCCCAGGCAACAGAGAUCUCUGUUUCUCCUGGCUACUGGUGCUGA